AUGACCCAGUCUCCAGCAAAGCGCUCCUGCGCAACUAGUAUUUUCCACACGGAUACCUAUGACCCUUCGUUGUCAUUUUCAUCCUACUUUGUUUCUUCAAAAACGCUUUUUGUCGUCCGUUUAGUGAUGGCAAUAUAUUGCACGGUUGUAUUCAUUGCGACUAUAGUACAGUAUAUAGUAAAUCAGAAUGAUAAAGUAUUAGUAUAUUUUACUAAUUUAAGUUAUCUUGGAUUGACUGUUUAUUUUUUGCUGUCCGUGUAUCUUGGUGCAAAAACCUCUAUGCGUCCAACAUUCUUGCAUUACGUUCAUUUCGUACUAUACCAUACGGUAAUACACUUUCACAUUAUAGUUCCUCUAGUCUACUGGUUCUUCCUCGAUGAUCUUACAUCCGAGACGCCUGCAAUCACUUGGUGGAGAACGGUGUCAAUGCAUGCCGGAGAUGGAAUAUUUAUGCUUGUAGAACUGUGGUUGAAUAAGCAGAUCUUGUAUUGGAGUUACUUGUUAAUAACUAUGUUAUUUUUACUGUUGUUCAUGUUUGAGAGUUGGGUCGUCCAUGCUGUUGAUCACUUCUGGGUAUACAAUUUCCUCUCAUGGGAUAGUGGUGCAGCAAAAGCAGCGACUUGGUAUUUGGGUCUGUUUGUAUUCUUCAUUAUUGCGUACGCAUUCCAGAUGGGUAUGAUCUAUUUACGCAAUUAUAUCGGUGUGAGGUUCGAAAAGUCCAGGAAAAAGUUGGUGGCAGCCGAUAAUAUCCCGAUGGAUAAGAUGGCACCGGAUAAUGCCGUCUAG